GACAUGUCAGCAAAACAACAUGGCUGGUGCUCAAUUUGAAUAUGAUGAAAAGGGAACGACGUUUUAUUAUUUUAUUUUAUGUUUUUCUGGCUUGAUAUUACUACCGUUGACAUACUUUGCAUGGUCUCUCAGUUCUAAUUCAGGCGAAGAAAAGAAGGAAAAAUCAAGAGUGUGUCAGUGUGACAAAUGCAACGAAAAACGUCUUCGUAAAUCAAAGCAGAAGCCAAAAAUCACUAUUCUACGAAUAGCAAGUCGUAUUACAGUUGUUGUUCUAUGGAUUGUUCUCUUAUAUGGAGUAUAUCAUGUUUCUCAGUUUGAGAGAGAUUUUGUUGAAUAUGAUCCAUUUGCAGUUUUGGAGAUAGACAAGGGAGCAAGUGCAUCAGAGAUCAAACGUCAAUAUCGUAAACUCAGUUUGAUAUAUCAUCCUGACAAAGAAGGAGGAGAUGAGACAAAAUUUAUGAGGAUUGCUAAAGCUUACGAGGCGUUGACAAAUGAGGAAUCACGUAAGAAUUGGGAAGAACAUGGUAAUCCAGAUGGACCUCAAGCUACCACAUUUGGCAUUGCUUUGCCAUCGUGGAUUGUCAGUGAAGAAAAUUCUCUUUUUGUCCUUGGUAUUUAUAUAUUCGCCUUUAUGAUUGUCCUCCCUGUUGCUGUGGGAACUUGGUGGUAUCGCUCCAUAAAAUAUGGCAAUGAUCAAGUGUUAAUGGAUACCACAAGAAUUUUUUUCCAUUUCUUUGCCAAAACUCAUUGGAUGCCUGUUAAAAGAGUUAUUAUGAUAUUCUCUGCGUCCAUGGAGUUUGAGAAGAAAUGUAAUCAAGAAGUACAAGAGAGACCGAGUGAUAACGAGGAAAUACCCAAAUUACUAAACGAAUUAAAAAAUGUGAACGAGACAUCCAAAGAGCCACCAUUUGGUUAUCCGUUCAGCGUGAAAGCACGUGCCCUUAUACUUUCUCAUUUUGAUCGUCUUAAUCUUCCCGAAAAUACUUUACAAAAAGAUCUUGAUUUGAUCUUAAGGAAGUCUCCGUUAUUAAUACAAGAAAUGAUCAGUUGUGUCUCGCAACUAUUCUACUAUCAUAUGGCUGACCCAGGUGUCAAGGCUCCUCAUCUGGAGACGUUCGAAAAUGUGAUGAAAUUCAGUCAGAUGGUGGUACAAGCGACACAUCACACUUCAUCCUUACUUCAAUUGCCGCAUAUUUUACCUGAACAUUUGAGAUAUUUUGCUUCAAAAAAGCGAAAUGCCAAAAAUAUAGGAGAAUUUCUCAGGAUGAAGAAAAAGGAUAGGAGGGAUAUGCUGCGAUUUCUGUAUGAUGAGCAAUACGAAGAUGUCAUUACAGUAGCAGAAAUGAUCCCUCAUCUCGAAAUAAACGUCGUUCCUCGUGUUAUGGACGAUGAAGAUGAAGGUGUUAUAACUGCUGGUGCUGUUGUUACGGUUGAGGUUGAAUUAAUAAGAAAAACGCUCAAGGACGUUUGUUGUAAGGAUGAAGAGACAGAUAACGAGAAACCAGAAGAACCAGAGGAAAAUACUGAGCAUGUUGAAGAUGGAAUUGAAAUCAUCAAGACGGCAACUAAACCUAAAGUGUGGCAAAAGACAAAGAGGAAAGCGAAAAAAGCAAAACCUGUAAAACAACAGACAAAGAAAAAACCUGUCAAACAGAUUGUAAAGAAAGAAGAAACAACACAGAACAAAGAGGAAGAAAAUGUGAAAAGAGAAGAAAAUUUCGUCAAGGAGAAAGCACCUGAUAACGUAGUUCGUCGACGAAAGAACAACAAAGAUGAUAAUAAGGCGGAUAUUGACGAUGUUCGUGACGAUAUCGAUGAUUCUGAUAUCGAUAAUCAAAGUAAUGAGGACGAGAGUGUCUUGGGUGAUAGUGCUCAUAGUGACGUCGAUGUGGACGACGAUGAUGAAUGGCAGCGGAUGCAGGAAGGUGUGGAGAAAAUGGAAAAAGUCCUGGACGCUAGAUCUCGUACAAGUCACGAAGUACACGCUCCGUAUUUUCCUGAGGAUAAGCAGGAAUGUUGGUGGGUUUAUGUGUGUGACAGAAAGAAACAAGAAAUCACCACUGCACCUACACAAGUUGUCAAUUUAAAGGACGUUGAAACAGUAAAACUGCAAUUCCAAGCCCCUGAAAAAUGUGGUCAUUACUCGUACACGGCCGUUGUUCGAUCAGAUUCAUACAUGGAUGUUGAUGUAUCUAAGCUAUUUAAGAUUGAGGUUCACGAAGCAAAGAAGUGGAAACGAAGCAAUGGGACUUUGACACGGACGACGACGAAGAUAAGGAUGAUGAGAGUGGGGAGAGUGAGUGGGACGAGGAAGAAGAUGAAAGUGAUUAACUUGGGGCUUUUUUGAUGGGGGUAACAUUUAGACCGGCGGUCGGUUGACUUCAAAAGGUCGUUGAGACUGUGUUUUUCAAUGAGAAUACCUGAGAAAGGAAAGCGGAAAAACGUUCAUUUUGAAUGGGAGGGAGGAAUUGUCUGGCUAUCAUUACAUUCAAAGUAAGCUUUAGUGAUUUUAGGUAGACGGAAAUUUAUGAAAUCAUUCAGCGUUGUUAAUAGCUGUUGGCAACGUAGCGUUAAUAAAAAAACAAAAUCAGCAUAUAGUAUAUGUACAUGUUCACAAAUUAAAAUUCUACCUAACGGUUUUACUA